UCUUGGCUUGGUCAGGAGUGAAUCCCCAGCUUGGCGUAGCAGCGCCAGUGGCUAUGGAGUGACCUGUGCUCCGGGUGCGUGGCUGAAGCGGCUGCCUGGGCACCGAAUGCGCCCGGCCCACGUGCUCCUCGCCUCUGCCAUGAAUGAUGCAUCGACGAUGGAUUAUGAACUGCUGUCCCCCUCCUUGGUUGAGCACCCAGCCGGCUCUGCGGGUAUGGAUGCUGAGCAGAAAACCGUCUUUGCCUUUGUCAUCUUCCUUCUGGUCUUCUUGGUGAUGCUGAUGGUGCGCUGCUUCCGCAUCCUGCUGGACCCCUACAGCCGCAUGCCCGCCUCCUCCUGGACUGACCACAAGGAGGGGUUGGAGAGGGGCCAGUUUGACUACGCCUUGGUGUAGAGGGCAGGGAUGGGGCGAGCCUGGGUGCUCUGUGUGCCUCCCACCCCGGCUGGCCCCGGCCCCGGCCCCCCCUUCCUCUGUGGUGUUGCCCUGGGCCAGCAAGGAUGCUCUGGGCAGGGAGGGGAGGUCAGGCUCUCGCCCGGGGUGGGUUUUCUAGGGGUUUCUCUCUUUUCUAAGCACUUUUCAGUUCUCUUUGCAGUCUGCAGGACUCUUGGAGAGAUAUGUUGGAGGGGGAGAUGUGGCUCUGCAUGGUCCCUGCUGCCCACCGUGGGACAGGGGCAGGAGGUGAUGGGGCAGGGCAUGGCGGGACCUGCCCUUGGCCACAGCCCACAGGGCUCCUGCUCUGGGUGGCUCUGCCUGGUGCCAGGCCAGAGCUUUGACCCCCACCUCCUCCUGCCCCCCCAUGUCACCCUCGUCUGUGUCCUCCGGGGAGUGCUGAUCGUGGUCCAGUGCGUGUGUGUGUGUGUCCCUGUAGCUGAGCUGUGUCUGUCAGGGGGUUUAUAGGCACCAGACCCAAGUGCUGGCUUUGUUCUUCUCUGUGUGGCAGCCCCAAGUGCCCCCCACCCCCAGUCCAUAAGUGAUGGGGAGAUGGAGACCCCCAUGUGCAGCCCCCUUUGGGCAUCCAGCCCUGCAGCCUGCUCCGCUUUACACCGCAGUGACCUGUCCAUGCCCAACUGGUGAAGAUGGUCUGAGCAAGGUGCAGUCAAGCAGCUUCCUGCAGACCUGCCGGGGGGGCCCUGCUGGGAUCCCAGGAGGCAUCCAUGAUCCCAUACAACACUUGGGAGAUGCUUCUCAGCCAGCCCAAGCCUGGCAGCCUCCGACUGUUAUCCCACUACGGCCAGUCCCUGCUACAGAGGGAUUGGGGUGGCCUCCCCAUGGCUGGGGGUUGCUGAAAGGGGCAGAGGGGGGUGACUCUUCCCUGGCCAUCCUGUAUCUGGGUAUCAGAAGGUGUGUGUAAGUAGCUGAGGGGAAAGUAGUGUAAGUAGCUGUCCUCCUGCCGCUCUGCUGAACCAUGCCUAGUGAGUCGGGGUGCUGCAGCUAGCCCAGGGCUAGCCAAAGCCGUGGUGGGUUAUGGUGUGGGCUGGUAAGAAGGUUUAUACUAAGGGAUGUGAGCACAUGGGGGAGAACCUCUCCCUCCACCAUGGAAAUAAAGCUGCACUGUGCUAACCCCACA